GUCCCUCCGCCCUGCUGCCCCGCUUCAGGGAUCUGAGCGCAACGCGCAAGUAGGGCGGGGCGUGCUGUACGGUGCGGUGCGCGUGCGCAGGAGACACGAGAGGGACGAAGCCAAACCUCUGAACCGCCGCCAGGUCUGCUCCGGCUCCACGCCGCCCGUCGCGCCGCCACCCGGGUCCUUCUCCUCCUCCUCCUCCUCCGCCGCCGCCGCCGCCAUGGGAGUGCAGGUGGAGACCAUCUCUCCCGGAGACGGGCGCACCUUCCCGAAGCGCGGCCAGACCUGCGUGGUGCACUACACGGGGAUGCUGGAAGACGGGAAGAAGUUUGACUCCUCUCGGGACAGAAACAAGCCCUUUAAGUUCACACUAGGCAAGCAGGAGGUGAUUCGAGGCUGGGAAGAAGGGGUAGCCCAGAUGAGUGUGGGUCAGAGAGCCAAACUGAUAAUCUCUUCAGACUAUGCCUAUGGAGCCACUGGGCACCCAGGCAUCAUCCCACCACAUGCCACUCUUGUUUUUGAUGUGGAGCUUCUAAAACUGGAAUGACAGAAGUGGCCUCCUCCCUUAGCUCUGCACGUGGAUCUGCCAUGGAGGAAUCUGGUACCUCCAGAUGGGUGCACAUGAAUCCAUGGGGAGCUUUUCCUGAUGUCCCACCACUCUUUGUAUAGACAUCUACCCAACUGAAUGUGUUCCGUCACUCAGCUUUGCUUCGGACACCUCCAUGUCCUCUUCCCCCUUCUGUAUGUGUGAUGACCUAAACUAUAUGCCAUAAACCUCAAGUUACUUUGUUUUGGGGUGAAGACUCAAUUUCUGUCUUUCAGAUCUAAGUUUCCAAUGAAGUAUAUUGUCAAGUGUUAACAGCACAAGUGAUGGAUUAACUUUAGAGUAGGAAUUGGUGUUGGGGGGGAUUUGCAAGAAUUUUUAUUUUAUUUUAUUUUAAUUUUUGGAUGAAAAUUUUAUCUAUUAUAUAUUAAGACAUUCUGCUGCUGUGCUGCAAAGCCAUAGCAGAUUCGAGAUGCUGUUGAGGGCAGGAUUUUUCUCCAGUGAGGGAGGUCCUGUUAAACUGAAAGCCCUACCCAAACUGAAGUGGGAAGGGAGGGAGAGAGCCUUUGCUUCUGACAGUCCUCCCACCUGAAACUGGCUGCCUUUUAAAGCAGGUCCCUUCACUGCUGUGUUGGACACUACAAUAUCUGUCCCUGGGUCGGCAGGGACCUCGGAAGCCUUCUUUAUGACCUGGCUUAAUUUGUUUUUCAUCCUAUGAUUUUUCUAAUGGAUUUUCUGGACUUUUGUAAUCUUGUAACUAUCCAAGCUCUGCUUCCUAAAUUUUAAGAACUUCGGUGGAAAGUUUAAAUUGAAGGUGCUGUUUGUAGACUCCCUGACCCAGUGGAUGCCCAGCCACCACCACGACAAGUCCUUGCGUGUUCGUUCUCUAAGGAAAUGAUGCUGGCCAUCACAGCUUCAGCAUCUCCUGGGCUCUGAUGCUUGGCUCUCUCUGCUGAUCUUGGCUUCCUGGCUUUUCCUCCUUCAGUUCCUUCUCACCCUCUGCUGUCCUGUGUAGUGAUUUGGUGAGAGAAAAAGCUUAUGUCCCCUGCCCUCUGCACUACAUAUGCGGUUCAAGUUUUAUUAUUGCAAUAAAAGUGCUUUAUGCUGGCUUUUCUCA